AAGAGCACAGUACGUCGAUCCCUCGCUGUCACCUGUAAGUGAAAUGAACACCUGUUGCCGGUGGGCUUUUAAAAGGAAGACGCUCAAAUUUCAGGUAGUUUGCAACGCUACAAAGGAAUAAGGCCCACUUUUAGUUUUUCAGCCACUGACCCGGUGUCCACAAACUCGGGUACAAGUUGGACUAACACUCGAGAAGGAUGUGUUUUUAAAAGCAAACUCUGCCAGCGGCUUUCAAAAAAGAAACUGAGCUACAGAUUGAACAUGCUGCAGGUUGUAUGAGUGACAGAUAUGGGGUCGGCAAGAUCUUAUUUGCAGACUUUCACUGUGGCGGUGGUUAUUUGCCAAUUUCUAACCACUGAAGGUUUGACCUCUGAGGUGCAGGCAAAGGCUGGAAGCUCCGUGGAGCUGGAGUGCAGACUUCCGUCAUCAGACCCAGCAGUUGUGUCCUCUGCAUCCCAGCACGUGGUUGAAUGGAUUCGACAGGGAUUUGACAUUCCUGUUCUGAUUAAAUUUGGAUCUUAUGCACCUCGGGUACAUCCACAGUAUGAGGGGCGAGUAUCUCUGGUACGAAUCACCACCCUCAGGCUGGAGGGCCUGCUGCUCGCUGACCAGGGCUUGUAUGAGUGUCGAAUCCUCUCACUGGAUAAGCCAACAGAUGAGCUGCAAAAUGGCACCUGGACUGUACUUUCUGUUACUGCCCCACCCACCUUCACUGAACCCCCACCUCCUGUCCUCGAGGCUUUGGUUGGAAGUCAUAUUUCUCUUUCCUGCAUGGCUAAUGGCAACCCUACUCCAGCCAUCACUUGGUUUAAAGACGGCAUUGCCAUUCAAAAAAAUAUUUUUGAGGAUGGAGUUUUAUCUCUGCGAGCAGUGAGUAUACAAUCAGCAGGACAGUACACUUGCCACGCCUCCAACUCUGAGGGAAACGUGACUUGCGUGACAAAAGUGAAGAUCAAAGGUCCGCCUGUCAUUGUCAUACCUCCCAAAAACACCUCUCUGAACAUGUCCCAAGAUGCACAUCUCCAGUGCCAGGCAGUGGCAGAUCCCCCCAACAUGACAUACGUGUGGGAAAAAGGUGGAGAAAAUGUCUAUCACAUAGAGUCUCUAAAGUCACGAGUGAAGAUCAUGGUAGAUGGGACUCUACUUAUCUCCAGGCUCAUCCCAGAGGACUCUGGCAACUACACCUGUGUGCCAACCAAUGGCCUGCUCAUGCCGCCAACUGCCUCUGCCAUCCUCACAGUGAUGCACCCUGCCCAGGCACUAAAAAUGCCCCAGGAAACAUACCUCCCCACAGGUAUGGAUGGUGUGGUUUCCUGCCCAGUGAUAGCUCAGCCCCCGCUGCUCCGUGUGGAUUGGAUGAAGGACGGAGAAGCAGUUGACCUGUAUUUGUAUCCAGGAUGGACCUUAGCACCAGAUGGUUCUUUGUUCAUGGCGACUGUCAACGAUGAUGCAGCGGGCGUGUACAGGUGUACUCCGUACAACAGCUAUGGCACUAUGGGCACAUCUGGACCAACUAGUGUAAUUCUACAGGACCCUCCUUCAUUCAGCAUCACUCCAGAGAAACAGUAUAAAGUGGAGGCUGGUAGAACCCUGCUUAUCCCCUGUCAAGGAAAUGUGGACCCAACAAUUAAAGUGACCUGGAGCAAGGUCGGCCUGGCUCGUAGCGUUUCCUACUCCGUAGAACCGGAUGGUUCUUUGCUGCUGCAGCCUCUGACCAAGGACCACCAGGGGGUGUGGGAGUGCAGCGCUUCUAAUCGUGUAGCCUCAGUAAAGACCAGUACACACGUAUUUGUUCUGGGAACCAGUCCCCAUGCGGCUACCUCUCUGUCCGUGUCUCCAGGGGUGAAGCAGGCCAACAUAUCCUGGGAGGCAGGCUUUGAUGGAGGAUCAGCACAGACAUUUUCAGUUUGGGUGAAAAAGAUUUCAGCAAGUGAUGAUGAUGGGAAGCAGGACUGGUUCUCUGUGCCUGUGCCCCCCUCCUCUGGCACUAGGCUGCAGGUGACAGGCCUGUCUCCUUCCACCGACUACCAGUUCAGUAUCCUGUCUCAGAAUAAAAUGGGAACUGGCCCCUUCAGUGACAUCGCCACUGCACGGACUUUGGAUCCUCCACCAAGGAAAAAUAAACUAAAGCCCCCUGCAUCGCUGUCAGCUAAUCGGGGUUCAGCAGGUGUUGUUCUGCAAUGGUCCCUUCCUGAAGCUCAGCACCCUCCCGUCACUGGCUUUGUUCUCCAAUCCCGCACCGAGCAAGGGGAGUGGUUUAAUUUGGACGAGGACAUCAGUGCCAACAGUAGCGAGAUAGUGGUUCCGGGUCUGCACAAGGACUGUGUGUACGAGCUACGACUGCUAUCUCGACGUGGGGACUUGCUGAGCGAGCCCAGUCCAUCAGUCAAUGUCUCCACUGCAGGUAUGGAGAUCUACCCGUCCACUUCCCGGCUCCUGGAGUUCGUCCCAGAGUCGUUACUGGCCGGUGUCCUGGGUGGGGUCGGCUUCAUGUUGUUGGCCCUGGUCUUGCUGCUGGGGUCCGCCUGCAUCAUCAACCGCAAGAGGAACCAGCGCCGCAGAAAGAAGAGAGAUGAGCCCCCAAGUGCCAUCUAUAAAUGCUCCCCAUCAAUAAAGACUUCAGGCACCAGCACUCCAGACAGUGUGCUGAAGAAAAGCCUACUUCCAGCCAGCUCCCACUAUCCCACAUCUUCCUCUACCACCACCUCCUCCUCUUUGCAGACAGACUGUUCCUCAUUUAGCACUGAGAAUAAUAAUCGGAGGAAGCAUCUUAUGUCCAAGUACAGCAGAGACAGCCUCACUAAAACAACAUCUCUAAUUUCUCCUUCAAUUGAGAUGAUCUCUAGAGGCCCAGAUGGGCGAUUCACACUCCCACCGUAUGACACUGAGACUCUGAGUGUUCACAGCAAGAAAAGUGUAAGGUAUGACCAACACUCUAAAGUUCGAAGGUCUGUGUCACUGCACUCGGAGAAGGAAGACAGGAAAGAGCGGCCAUUUGUGCUUUCUGUUGAUCUCCCGCCUUGCAAGAAGUCAAGUUAUGAUGGCUUUCCUGAACUCAGCAGCUUGUGCUCUGACAGUAGUUUGGCCACUAUUCAUCAUCACGACAGAGAAAUAACUCCCGUAUUUCCAGUGCUUCCACAUAUCCGAGCUGGCCUUGGUCAGCCAUCUACAACUGCAAGCGCUCUGGUGCUCCAAAUGGAACAUGAGAGGGAAAGGGGGAACCUGCACCGCUGCCUGAAGCUGGCUCAGGAGAGGGAGGAACUAGAGAGGGAGCUGCAGUGGUACACGUUAGAAAGAAACUCCACAAAGCACGAGCAGUCAGACUUAAAGAGAAGGGAGGAUGGUGGCAAUGAGCUUGUAUGGGAAUACAAGAGCAGCACCUUGCCACACAGAUACUCCCUAGCCAGCAAGGAGAACCGUUGUUUCUCACCAAGCUUUUUAUCAUCAUCUUCUUCCUACUGGGAAACGCAUCCUCUUGUUUCUCCACCCACUUUGAUCCAAUCCAGGACCCAUCUCAACGCAUCAUCAGCUGCAGCUCCCUCAUAUUUAAAGUCCGGCAAUCGUCAUUCUUCUCCGUUUUUGCCCAAACAGACUUCCUUUCAAUCUGAGGAGGCAGGCAGUUUUUCGAAAGCCAGAUUAACUCUCCCACAUCUUUCCCUAGAGCACCAGAGACAUGAAAGAGCAGGGGCAGCACCAGAAAGCUAUAAUGAUUCACCACAAUCCACAGGCCUAGAUAUGCAAACAAAUGAUUCAUGUUCUGAGGCACAGAGACAGAGCAAUCUUAGUCAUGGCAGCCUUUCAACAUUGUCUUUCUACAGCAAUAAAUACACUGAAAGAUCUAAUUCAGCUCUUGAUGCGUUGCCAGGCUCUUCAAAUGUGGAGGUAGUGCUCCCCAAACCCACUGAUGAAGAUUUGUGUGUUGAGAUGAGUGUAGAUGAGCCACAGUUUGAGAUGUGUGGUGUGCGGCCUACAAAGCCAAUGUUGCACCAACGAAUUGCAUCUCAUGUACAAGGGCACACACUGACCCGCAGAGGUCGGCAUCAUGAUAUGAGGAGGAGCACAAGCUUGAACUGCCGUGGCCCUGUUUCUGUGGAUGAUAUAUUCAGGGUCCCAGAUUCUUCGCAACCUUUAGAACCACACAUGUGGAAAGCUGCGAGCCAAGGCUCUAAAAUAUCGCUCUCUAAGCAGCGAAGUCAGAGUCUAGACUUGAGAAGACGGAAGGAAAGCAAUUUCCUGACUCCUGAUGCAUGGAUAGACUCUCUUAGCCAAGAAAACUGCUCUGCUCCAUCAUCUUGUCCUCUAGACUCGCUAUUCUGGAAACCUCAAAGUGCUCCUCCUAGGAAGAUUUCCAGAUCUCCUCCAAAUGAUCAUGCAGAUACCAAAUAUGCCACCUAUUUAACUCCUGCUGCUGCUGACCCUCUAUUUUCAAUGAGCCGUCCAGAAAGGCCCACAACAAAUCCUAAUGUGCCUUGUCAUUACGAACCAAGAAGAGAGGCCUGUCUUGUACCCAGUGCUGCCACAAUGCCAGGGGACUACCAGGAGGCCAUGGAACAGGAGGGAGGUUAUUUGGAGGCCGUGAAAGGAGCCGCUAUAUGCUUACUGCCCAACACUGAUGCUCAAGAGGUACUGGAAUUGGAGGCAGGAGGCUACGAUGGAGUGCCAGAGUCUGGCAGCAGCUACAGCAGUUAUGCCAGCAGUGGCCUAGGAAGCAUGGAGCCCAGUAAUGGGCGCCUUUCCAUGUGUCACCUUUCUCCAACGCUCAUAAGCUCACCUGAGACUAUAGAGGACACCCAGGGGAACACACAGGACAUACAAAAUAACAAAAUGGAACCAAGCCAAAGGAGAAAGGUCUCUGUCGAUGAGAACUACGAGUGGGACGCUACUGAUUUCUGCUCUGACCAACACGGCCUGUUUCCUUCGUUGAAUCUGCUGAAGCCUGAUCCGUGCCGCAGCCUACCCAGCAUGCAGCGCUCCACUAAGGCAUUGAAAAAUUGCAGUCAGGUUUCUCGGCUCCCAGGGCAUCAAAGCAGCUGCUCUGCUGAGCCAGAACCAGACACUGUGCUGUUCUGACAGUGCCAGCCUUUGGCUCGUCUCACCUGGUGUGUCCUUUCACUUACUGACUCGCAUCAAUGUCGACAAGAAAGUGCAU